AUGUCUCGCGAUCAUGUGAUCAGUUUUAUUUCAACUUCGCCACACAAUGGAAAAUCAAUAUCUGAUGUGGCAAUAUCACCUCGAUUGACGUAUGUUUUAACAUAUAGUCAAGAAGAUAAUUCAUUUGUCGGAUGGCUUCUUGAUACCAAAUCAGAACCGUUUGAUCUUCGUAAAGAUACCAAGUCAUCUAAAUUUGACGGUAUUAGUGAUUUCAAGGUCUCCGAUAACAAGAUCAUUUUAUAUAAUUAUACUGGUUUAGCAAAAUUCCAUGAUUUGAAAAAUAAUAAAGAUCUUGAAAUUAAAGAUGAAUGUUUUGAUUACAGUCAUACAAAUUUUCUUGAAAACGGGAAUAUAGUAACAUUUAAGAACAAUAUUAACACUGCAAUAAAUCCAACAGUUUUGAUUUAUGAACUUACAAAUAAGAAUAAAUUUUCUCGCAAGGGUUUUUAUGUUUUCAAUGAAAAAAAUGUGAAAUUUGGCGGUUUUAGAAGCGAUAGUAUGUGGAUGAUGGCAUAUGAUUUAAUAUUCCUGUUGGAUUUAGCAACUUUUAAACUUCAGAAGUUUUCGCUAUUUUUAAUUAUUAUGGAAGUUGCUGAUGCGCAUUACAUUUAUUCCAAUAACAGAGACCACAUAAAUUUUCCAAUUGGAAGGAUUGUAGAUACUGAUUGUCAGGAAUUUGAAUUCGUCGGCAAUAAUGAUGAAUUCAUGAUUACAUUAUCAAAUAAUAAAAUCAUUAAUAUUUAUUUUUGGAAAUCAAACCUAAAAGGUUCCAUUAGUUUAAAUAAAUUAGUAGAAUUUGAAGAUCUUGAUAAAAGUGUUCAUAUCGAAUUCAAGGAUCAAAGGAUUUUUGUAGUAUCACCUGAAAAGCUUCGUAUUUUUAAUAUAACAAAGCAUGAUUGGAGAAAUUCCAUAUUUAAAGAUCAUAUGAAUGAUUAUGAUGACAGUCAAAAUCAUGACGAUGAUGAGAAUAUAUUUACAGAUAUAGAUCAAAAAUAUUCUUCAAUUGAAGAUAAAAUGGAAGUGGUUGAUGAGUAUGUAAAGGACAAAAUCCCUGAGAACAUUCAAAAGACUCUACGUAAUGUUAUAUUCAAUCUUUAUGAUAAUCGCGAAUUAAAUUCUUUAGAAAUUAAAUGUCUUGCUGAUCCAUCAGACAAUGAAUCGAAAAAGCAAUUGAUUAAUUAUUUAUUAAAUGCAAAAUAUUAUUUUGUAAUAUGUGGAGAAAUAUUAUUAAAAUCGGCGAUUAAACAAAAUAAUUUAUAUUUAAUGGGUGGAAUUUUUAACAAAACUAUUGAAUACUUUAGAGAGAAUCCAAGAAGCAAUAUUUGUAUAUUAUCA